CCGAUCCUGCUGCUGAGUGACAGCAGCGGCACUUCCUGCGGCGGCGGGGCCGCAGCCUUUGUGUCCGCGUCUGCAUGAGGGAAGGAGCCCCGCGGUCGCGGAGCAGGCAGCGAGAGGAGAAGGAGAAGGAGGAGAAGGAAGAGGAGCAGGAGGAAGAGGCUGUUGCGCUGCGGAAGCCGGCGGAGAAACGCCUUCAUCCGUGAGGGCGGCAGAAAGAGCCGCUGCUGCUCCGCAGAUCGGCGGCCCAGGUCUGUUUACUGUUUACGAGCCUGAAGAUGGCUGCUGCUUCUUCCUGCAGUGUGGAAGAAGAUGAGAGCCUGAAGGGAUGUGAGCUCUACGUUCAGAAGCACAACAUCCAGCAGAUCUUAAAGGAGUGCAUUGUAAAUCUCUGCAUAGCAAAACCAGACCGACCCAUGAAGUUCCUCAGAGAACACUUCGAAAAAUUAGAAAAGGAAGAAUGCAAACAGAUACUGGCUCGGCAGAAGUCCAGUUCCCAGUCUGAUUCCCAUGACGAUGAGAUUUCUCCUCCGCCUCCCAACCCAGUAGUAAAAGCCCGACGCAGGAGAGGAGGAGUCAGUGCAGAGGUGUACACAGAAGAAGAUGCUGUUUCUUAUGUUAGAAAGGUUAUUCCGAAGGACUAUAAAACUAUGACUGCUCUGGCAAAGGCCAUCUCCAAGAAUGUGCUCUUUGCUCAUCUCGAUGACAAUGAACGAAGUGACAUAUUUGAUGCCAUGUUUCCUGUUACACACAUCGCAGGAGAAACUGUCAUACAGCAAGGUGAUGAAGGAGACAACUUCUAUGUGAUUGACCAAGGCGAGGUGGAUGUUUAUGUCAAUGGAGAGUGGGUCACCAGCAUUGGAGAAGGAGGCAGCUUUGGGGAGCUGGCACUGAUCUAUGGAACGCCCAGGGCUGCCACGGUCAAGGCCAAGACAGAUCUCAAGCUGUGGGGCAUCGACAGGGACAGCUACAGGCGCAUCUUAAUGGGCAGCACACUGAGGAAGCGGAAGAUGUAUGAAGAAUUCCUGAGCAAGGUCUCCAUUUUGGAGUCCCUGGAUAAAUGGGAGCGGCUGACAGUGGCUGAUGCGCUGGAACCUGUCCAGUUUGAAGACGGAGAAAAAAUUGUUGUGCAGGGAGAGCCUGGUGACGACUUUUUCAUUAUUACAGAGGGCACAGCCUCUGUUCUGCAGCGCAGGUCUGAUAACGAGGAGUAUGUCGAGGUUGGAAGGCUUGGUCCAUCAGAUUAUUUCGGUGAGAUAGCACUGCUGCUCAACCGGCCCCGCGCUGCGACGGUGGUGGCACGUGGACCCCUGAAGUGCGUGAAGCUCGACCGGCCCCGCUUCGAACGAGUGCUCGGCCCCUGCUCUGAGAUCCUCAAGAGAAACAUUCAGAGAUACAACAGCUUCAUCUCUCUCACUGUCUGAAUGAUUCCUUUUGGAAAGCUGCCUUUGUGUGACCUCGUGCACUUACAUUAGCUCCGUGCAGCUCCAUGGCUUUAGCAAGAAAAAAUAAAAGGUGUGCAUUUCAUGUGUAUUUUUUCUGUUAUGUCACGCACUGGAUGUCAGUUCAAAUCUUAUGUAUCAUUUAAGAAAGAAGACAACUGUUUGGAUAGGACUAGCUUUGGGAAAGUGCUCAGGGAAGAGCAGGCUUUUGGCUUGCAGGCAAGAUUUUUACCUGUUGCUGGAUCGUACAGAUAAAACUGUGCUUUUAACUAUUUAAACUACAGACAAAUGUCUCUUUCCCUCACUAUCUCACAGCUAUUCUCAAAGCCAGUCUUACUCCCCUUUUGUCAAGCUUCUUUGAUAAAGUGAUGUCCCUCUACCUGUCACUCCUAGCAGACUUUUCACUGGUUAGGGACUGGAGGUUUCCAAAAUCCACGUGGUCAGUGGCAGUUCUGCGAUUAAAGAGGGACGAUUAGGGAAAGAUUUUAAUCAUUCCAGUAAGCUGAGGAAAAGUAGGACUUUUGAGUCACUUUGUGGUUUAGAAACAGGGGCCAUUACUGCUCUGUGUUACCAGCCCUUUGGGUCUGCUUUGUAGCUCUGAGGAGAUGCCAGGGCAAACAGACAGCUCCGGGCCUAUGGGUGAGGCGUCCAAGAAGCAGCGGUUUGUCAGAUGAUGGAUGGAGCCUUUAGGAGCAAUGUUAUCUGAUUUCUCCCUUUUUUACAUGGGAUUCGCAUCAGGUUCCUUAAAUGCCACUGAGAACUUCUUCACUGAACUAGGUGUGCUUUGAAACAUAUUUAUCUGCACCAGAGUGUCCUCAGCUGCUGCUCUGAAUACUGUAAGGAAUGCUCAGGCGAUGGUGGCAGGUGUAAAGCAGCAGUUUGAUAGGGCUCUUUCACAUGAAGUCCAUUUAAUUCAUUUCAAAUGCCUUUUUUUAGUGUGCAGCCAGCCAAAUAUGUGCUCCGAAGUGUUGCCUCCUGCAGCAGAUGUGCAUGGCAGAACAAAAGGCACCAGGAGUUGCAGCAAGCUCUGUGUGCCCGCAGCCUUGCUGGCAGCUCUUGCUGCUCUGUGCAGAUGCGGGUAUCAAGCAGAGCCUCUGCAGAGCUGGACCUUGCUCUGCUGUGCAGCCCUGCAGGUUGGGAUCAUCCAAAUUAUUCUCUGGGGAAGCUUUUCCUUUGAAGGAGAAGUUUUCUGUGCUAACUGCCGCAAAUCUCUGCAUCUCCACUACCCUAAAUAGCACUGCCCACCUUUUAGUUGCAGCAAAACUGUAUUUCUUCUUUACGAUAGCACCACUCAGAGUAAAUAGGAACUUUCCAUACCUUUUACAUGCCAAAGGCUGUAUAAUGAAACGAGGCAGCAAUCCUCCUUCUGAAACUAUAGGUGUUAGUUAAGAACUUGUCUCAAAUUACCCACACUGACAUGAGCCUUGGAGUUAACAAAGCCCACCUGGCACUGUCCUGCUGCCUCCCAGCAGAAGGCUCUCGUGCUGCCCACUGCUGCCACUGCAGUGGGAAGGAGCUCCCAGGCUGCAGUCAGAGUCCUCUCACCACUCCAAGGUGCUUAAUUUAUUUCAAUGUAUUUCCAGCAGCCCUGUCAGUGUAUCUCAGUUGCUACUAUUUAUUAUGAUUACGUUAUGCUUCUUGCACGUGUUGUUAAAUGCGACCAUGCACAUUUCUCAGCCUUGCAGUUCUGUGACAUGCAUCCACACGGGCAGAUGCCCGUUCUAUAGGUCAAUAAAAGUGUAUGCGUUUGUAAAACUUCUAGUUUUCUUCACUGUUUUUGUAUUCUCUUGUGCUGCUUUUAAGACACGUUUUUAAAGGUCACUCCUGUAUGUUAUUUAACCUAUUGCCGUUCUGUUGUACUCAUAACGAAAAUUGUGAGUGUUUUGCAUCAUGUGCAAGAUACAUUCAUGGUUACUCACCAGGUUAUUAGCCUCACCACUUAGGAGUUACUUCAGCACACACACAGAACAGAUUCUUUGCUUUAAACCUUCACAGAUCAUGAAAAUACAUCUGAAUGACCAUAUGAGCAAAUUCAAGAGAAGUGUGAUCAUUCAACGCCAGGCUUCCUAUGCUUUAAGUGGAACAAAAUGAUCUUCUAUGACAUUUUAAAGAUAAUUGUAAUAUUUGCAGUGGAUGAUGGGAUAGAAUUACAGUAUGAAUAAAAUUCUUCUACGUUA